ACUGUGUAUAUUGCUACAGAAAAAUAGGAACCUCUGGUCCAGCCACAAAAAAACACCUACCAUGGAAUGAUAUCAUUAUUUCUACAACAUGUAGCUGCUGCCUCUUGUCUGCAUGCAAAAUUCUUAUGGCCUCACAAAGAUGGAAGCUGGUAGCAGUGGUUGUGGGGCAAAUCUCCCAAUUCAUGCUGAGGAAAAGAAAUUAUUCAUGAUAGGAAAAAUUGCAAAGGUAACUGGAUCGCUUAUUCUAGGAGGUUUUGUAUUCAUUACAUAUGAAGUCCUGUCCUUAAAUAAGUUACUGCAAAUCGAUACUCGAGCUCUACAUCAAGAAAAACUUAAAUCCUAUGUGUAUGUACGUACAGCUUCUCUAAGUCCAAGUGAAUAUCAAGGGAUUACAUACAAAGCCAGAAAAGAAAUCCAUAAAGCAGUGAGGAGAAUUCUAGAAACAGAAGCUAAAAUCUUCCGGAGACCUUUUAAUGAACAAUUCAGUACCUUUGAUGGAGAAGAUCAUGAGUGUGCCUUAUGGCUUCUCUUAAAGAGAAGUCAGUCAGAAGACAAAGCAAUCCGACUGCAGGCUGUACAAGACCUGGCAAGCAACAGUCACUGGCAUGAUUAUCAGUAUGGCACAGUUGCUCAAACCUGUGAUCAGAGGACUGCUAUAGGUUUGGCUCGAUCCAAAGAUGUCGACCUUCGCUUUUUCCUGCCUCCACCACCAUUGCCAAAAAUAAAGACUGAUUAUCCCAUAGAAGAUGAACUUCGCUUGUUGUUGGUAUCUUUACCUCAGACUGGUCUUGAUCAAUGUGUCCAGUACUUCACAUCUCUUGCAUUACGUGAAAGUAGCCAGACUCUUGCUGCACAAAGGGGAGGCUUAUGGUGUUUUGGAGGAAAUGGACUUCCCUAUUGUGAGACAUUGAGUAAAAUCCCUUCAGAGACAGUGGAACUCUUUUGCUUGCAGGCUUUAGUACAGCAUUCUAAGAUUUCUUCUCACUGUGAUAAAAUUGAAGCUAAAGGAGGCCUCCAGCUACUGCAGAGGAUAUACCAGCUACGUAAAGAUUCAGCAAAGAUACAGAGGAACAUAAUCCGCAUUAUUGGGAAUAUGGCUUUGGAUGAACGUCUUCACUCAUCCAUAGUACGUGCAGGUUGGGUUUCUGUCCUUGCUGAAGUAAUGAAAUCUCCACACGUCAUUCAAUCUUCUCAUGCGUCCAGAGCUUUGGCUAAUCUAGACAGGGACACAGUGAAAGAAAAAUAUCCAGAUGGUGUUUAUGUCUUACAUCCACAGUAUCGUAGCAGCCAGCCUAUCAGAGCAGACAUCCUUUUCGUUCAUGGUCUUCUGGGAGCAGCAUUUAAAACCUGGCGACAGCAAGACAUUGACCGGCAUUUGGAUAGAAAGGCCUCAGGAGGGGAAGAGGGCUAUAUUCAGUGCUGGCCAAAGACGUGGCUUGCUUCAGACUGUCCUUCCGUUAGAAUCAUAUCUGUGGAGUAUGACACCCAUUUGAGUGACUGGAAAGCAAAAUGUCCUGUUGAGGCUCACAGGAAGUCUAUUGCUUUCAGGAGCAGUGAGCUGCUUGACAAGCUCAAAGCUGCUGGGAUUGGAGACAGACCUCUGGUGUGGGUAUCCCAUAGCAUGGGUGGUCUUCUAGUCAAAAAGAUGCUGGUGGAUGCUUCCAAGGAUCCAGAAAUGGAUAAAAUUGUAAACAACACCAGAGGAAUCAUAUUUUAUAGUGUACCUCACCAUGGUUCCCAGCUGGCUGAAUAUUCUAUAAAUGCCAGAUAUCUCCUCUUCCCGUCUGUGGAGGUUAAAGAGCUCAGCACGGAUUCUCCUGCUCUUAAAGAGCUGAAUGAUGACUUCUUAUCUUUUGCCAAAGACAAGAAAUUUUCAGUGCUGAGUUUUGCAGAAACCUUACCAACGCACAUAGGCAGCAUGAUAAAACUGCAUGUUGUACCUGUGGAGUCAGCAGACAUAGGAAUUGGAGACCUUAUUCCAGUGGAUGUUAAUCACCUAAAUAUUUGCAAGCCAAAGAAGAAGGAUACUUUCCUUUAUCAACGUACACUGAAGUUCAUUCAGGAUGUUUUAGCCCAAGAACUGUGAGACUGAGGUUUUGCCAUCCUUUCCUGCUUGUGUCCUGUGUUUGGUGUAACAUAGAAACUUCUCCUAACAUUUGUAGGGGAUCUGCAGAAUUACAAGGGUUCUGUGUCAAUAGUAUCUGCUGCUGAAUAAUUUCCUCUACAUCUUGAACUUUAGACACCUCUCCAAUUUAUUUCUCAAAAUACAUUCAAAAAAAUACAAACUUGGCAAAAAAAAAGUGUGUGCCCAGGGUAUCUUCUUUUGGCAAAAAAAAAAAAACCCAAGCUUGCUUUGAAAGCAAGUAAAUAUACACCUGGGUUAAAGUCUUAUAGAGAGGAUUAGAAACAAUUAAAUGAGGUGGUUAUUUGUUGUGUCAAAGGGGAGAAGCAGCAUAUGGCUGCUGCAAAGUUUUGGUUUACUGUCCAUGUUAGGGUAGCCUGACUGGAGCCUGAAAAAACAGUAUUCAAGUGAAUGAAGGUGGCAUUUUGGUCUAGUGGCCCAAUUUUAGGAGGUUUUGUCAUUUGCCUUUUCAUUUAAUAGAUCACCCAGACUGGUCAGCAGACACAGCAUCUGUUUUUCUGCAUGAGAAGGAGGCAGGUUGGUAGCUUGCCUUGCUUAGAAAAUUGUCAUUGUUUUAGUCUGUAUUAAUGAAAACGAAAGAAAAAAGUUAUCUUCUUGUACAUUUCCCUCCUAAUCUUAGCAACUUGUGACAUUGCUUUCCUUAGGACAGUGUGUAUCUGGUCAGACAAGGCAGUUCUUUGCUUGUUCACAUUGAAGAUGUGUUUGAUGGGCUAAGCUUUUCUGCUUUGCUCUUGAGACACACCAAGAAGUUGGUACAUUCAAAUACAGAAACUUUUCUGUAGUUGAUUUAAAGAAGAGCAUUGAAAAUGCUCAGGUGGAGCACAACAAAUGUUGGCCCUGGCAAGAAAGCUAAUGCUUAGAGUUUGGAGUUGAGGUAGAAAAAAGUAAAGCAGAUAAAUUAUCAGGUGAUUGUAAGGCCUCACUGGAAAUUACCACAAAUGUUUUGGUUUCUUGGGGCCCAAAUAUAUCUGUUGAUGUAGAUACAGAGAAAAACAGCAGUGUCUUAUUUGAGUUUGUUUAGGAUACCCUAACAGUACUGAUGAGAAAUCAGUAUUUUUAGACAGAUAAAAAAAUGGCAAUGCACAGUCACUUUUUUUAAGUCGUAAAUAGUUUGCACUGUGGUUAAAAGCAGCCUCAUGUUAUUGUGGUCUCUUUACUUCCUUUCUUUACACCUGCAUCCCUCUCUGAAAACAAAUUGGGCUGUGUAAGGCUGUACUGCCUUUGCUGAGCAUUUGUUAAAUAAGGUCUAUAUUGAUGACAGGCUUGAGGUGUCUCCUCACAUCACUCCUGUGAGAUGGAUCCAAUAUUACUGCCCUUCAAAUGAUGGCUUUGAAAGCUGCCAAGGAGAUGGGAUGCACCUUGCAGUUCUGCGUGGGCUUGGUGCCAUGGGCACUGCAGUCCUGCCAGGUCCUGAGAGCAGCCCAGGAGGACACUGCAGCUUAAAAUAUACUUCUGACAAUUGAGGGAAUUGAAAAGUAAAAUUCACGAGAUCAGUACAGAGACUGUACGGCACUACACUGGCAAAAAGAGCAUUUCCCUCCCAACAACAGAGAUGUAGGUAAAAACGCUGCAUGGCAGUAUUUUGUAUAGAAAAUGUAACAGAAAUGUCCUAAUUUCUAAAGAGCUUUAUAUUUUUUACACUGUGGUUUAGACUUCAGAGUGUAAAUAUAUUAGUACACUUUGUAUUCACAGAGUAGAGUAUGUGGGAGUAUGUGGAAUUUAUGGUGAAUAGACAAGACUUCUAAAAACUGAAUGCUUGUUUCAUGUGACAAAUCUAUUGGUUUUAAUAGACUCCCUUGGCUUACACAGGUUCAGAUCAGUGACAUUAAGCAUUAAUCUUAGUAAAUGCA